CCUUAUUCUGCACCACCACCACCACCACCACCACCACCAAGCUUUACCAUCACGUUCUAUCGACAAUUAUCGCAAUGGCAGAAAAAGCUGCGCAGCCUGGAUUUGAUCCUCCUCCUCCUCCGCGAUGGGUGGUCUCGCUGAAUACCCCUUUAUCUCGACCGUCCAAGGCGGCGGCCAACAUCCCCGAUCCACCUGGGUUUUCCAGAGCUAAGCCUCAAACUCAAAAACAGCAACAACAGCAACACCAGGCCACCCCCUCUAAACCCAUCGAAACCGACGCUCUCAAGGUCAAGAAAGCCUGGGAAAUCGCCAUGGCCCCGUCAAAGCAACUCCCUAUGAACGCGAUCAUGAUGUACAUGUCCGGAAACAGUCUACAAAUCUUCAGUAUUAUGAUGGUGUUUAUGUUGUUUAAGGGUCCUAUCCAGGGUUUGAUUAAUACAAAUGCGGUGUUUGCCAAGUUCGACACGAAGGGGACGCAUAAGAAGUUGCUGGGUGUGAAAGCGGUUUAUGUGUUGAUGCAGUUUGGGUUGUUGGCGUUGGGUGUGUGGAAGGUUAAUGCUAUGGGACUUUUGCCGACUACGAGGUCGGAUUGGUUGGCUUGGGAGUCGGAACGGCAACCGCUGGAACGGGCCUAUUUUGCGUUUGGCUAGAUAGUGUGAAUAUUAUAUACCAUGUGUUGCGCAAGAUGUUGCACGUAGCAAGGUUCAUGACGGAAUGGAUAAGGUUUAGCAGAGACAGUUCUAUGCCUUGGCCUUCACACACGCAUUCAAAAAGACUUGGCAAAACUCCCAAACGUCCACAUACGUAUUGUACAGAGGAGCCGGUGCAACACGGAUG